AUGAGUCUCUUAGCCCUCUUCGGGCUAAAUAUUGACGAAGAUAAGUUUGCUUUGGCCUACGCAGACGAUAUGAUAGUGGGUCUAGCAGGUAAGCAACUUCUCGAACUGCAGGAGAAGUUGGAACAACUUGUAAACAACAUAAAUAACGUCUACAAAAUAUGGAACCUAAGGAUAAAUCCAGACAAGUGCGAAACAAUUGUUUUCAGAAGGGAGUCCAACCACUUAAGUAAAAAUGCGCUGACUCAAAUAAAAAAUUUCCAAAUAUCUACUCCAUCACCGAAUACAAAUGAACCGAUUAACAUCCCCCACAAAACAAUCGUCAAAUACCUGGGCGUACACAUCGAGCAGCUGCUUAGACUGAGACACCAUCCAGAUAUUCAACUGGCCAAGGCUAAAGCCGCUUUCAAAGCCAACAACCGAAUUUUCUAUAAUAAAAAUAUAUGUAGAAAAACUAAAAUAAUCUGCUACCUUCUACUCGUCAGGCCAAUCCUGACUUACGCCGCACCAAUUUGGUGGAACACUAGUGCAGCCGUCUUUGAAAACUAUAGAGUUUUCGAAAGGAAAUGCUUGAGAGCGUGCAUUGGAGCCUACAGAUCAGCGGAAUCCAAUUUCAAGAAAUUUAUUAUGGUAGACUCGCAACUAAAAACGCCUCAACACCGCCAAGCGGCAACAACUGGGACCACUCAACGUACUGUAGAUCUCACACGGAUAUACACAGAAAAAUCGCUGAAGAUACCACCACAGCUGUGGCAUCCAAAUAAUCUAAUUAAUCCAAUUAAAGUUUAUUAA